AUGAAGACGGUGGUGCCGUCGCCAGAUACCGUCAACCUUUCCGCCCCCGACCACAGCUCCCGCGACCCGGCCGCUGCUAUCCAGUACUUCGCCGCUGCGCUCGACUAUUCCUUUGGUCGGAUGCGUCUUCGCCUUCUACACGCGCGCCACCACCUGCAGCUACUGUACCACGCCGUCCCGCGCUCGCUGAAGGCCACAAGGCCAGACGAGGUUACUCUUUCUGAGGGCUUGCUGGAUGUCCUUGAAAAGCGCCUCGCGGCCCUCCAGGACUCACGGCAAAUCGCCAUGGAUGCCGCGAUCCGGGCAGCCCACCUAGGCAAGCUGGACCCCGCGGCCGAACUCUUGGAGCAAGAUCGUGCCGUGUUUAGGGCCCAGGCGCUGCGUCUGCGCACGCCUUUCGAUGACUUGCUUGAGGAACUGUCAGGCCUACUUCGAACACUGGCCCGCGCGCUCGAGGGUCUGGUAAUUGUGGACUCCGGUCGGCCCUUGUCAAUCGAAAAGGAUGCUGCGCUGCGUCGGACCCGGAGCGAGGGGUUUGAGCAGCUGAUGGUUCAGAUCCGAAAGUUGCCCGGCCAAGAACAUGUCCUUCUCCCUGUGCCGUUCGCAAAGCUCCGCGAGGCCGUAUCUGGUGGACCCGUAGUGGUCUUGUUAGCGGGUCUGGAAGAGUGCCGCGCCAUUGUCAUCGGAAGCCAUGAACCUCCUUUACAUGGGCGCCUCCCGGCGGCGAACCGGAAGAACUUCGCUCUAAUCCCGUCUCUCCUCCGGCGUUUUUACUCCCAGAAAAUACCGUCGUGUUUUUUGUCCCGUGCCCCGCCAUCGCAGUUUGUGAAGCGUUGCGCCGUGUCCAGCGGGAAACCCGAUAUAUCACGUCUCCGCCCGUCGCGCGUUAGUAACAAGGGAUGA